AUGUCGGCAACCCAUCUUCUACCCCUCUACCUAGAACAUCCCGCACCGCGACCGAAUCUUAUCUACCUACCCAACACAAGCCCCCCAACGCUUGUAUUCAACUUGACACAUGCGAACCUCUUAUUUAUUGCGACAUCGUCAACCGAGAUAGAACCGCUGCUAGUCUUCGAGUUCCUACACCGCAUAAUAGAUGCCUUUGAGGACUUCCUUGGCGCGCCGCUCCUGGCCGUCAAGAUUGAGAACAACUAUGAUAUUGUCGCACAGCUGUUAACCGAAAUGUGUGAUGCCGGCAUAAUAAGCACGACAGAACCCAAUGCUCUGCGCGAAGUGGUUGAACAGGAAGGCUGGGUUGGGAAAUUGCUGGGAAGCAUCAAUCUGCCUGGAAAAGCGCCUUUGAGCGCCAACUUUUCAAAUUCGAGUAUGUCCUCUAUUCUGCCAUCGAACUCGACCGCUUUGCCAUGGAGGAGAGCGAACGUACGACACACGUCAAAUGAGAUGUACGCAGAUAUCGUGGAGACAUUAUCUGUUACGCUCGCUCCUUCAGGAAGGCCGCUGGCAGCUUUCGCCAAUGGAACUAUCGCAUUCACUUCCAAAGUAUCAGGCGUUCCGGAUAUCACUUUGAACAUUACCAGUCCGUCUGGGAAACACAACCUUGGCAGCAUCAUGGAACUGCCUGUAUUUCAUCCUUGCGUACGACUCAAUCGAUGGAAGGAGAGACCAGGCGAGUUAAGCUUCAUUCCGCCUGAUGGAAGAUUUAUCCUGGCCGGGUACGAAGUGGACCUGCUGCCCUUUACGAGUGGGAAGAGCGGAAGCCUCAGCUCCAACAAUCUUAAGCUACCCAUUAAUAUGGAGGUCAAGACGGGAUUGGGUGCUACAGGAUCGGACUUUGAAGUUCGUCUUCAAGUCAACAAAAUUCUCGGAGCACCUUCGCCAGCAUCAUCAGGCCUAGGAAGAGGCAGCAGCGGAGGACGACUUGGAGGACCUCAUCCGGGAUCACCAGGAGCUCCUUUGAUGGAUGACCUAACCGUGACUAUUCCACUGCCAGCUGAUGUUAGGAACUUAUCUGAAAUUCGACCAAGCAAAGGUGACGCAAGUUUUAACCCAGGCGAGAAGUUCUUGGAAUGGUAUAUUCCCGCAAAGGAGCUGUCAGGCAGUACAAGCUACUUCGGUCUCAGGUGUACCGUGGUGGGACCACUGGCAGGCGAGGAUGACGAGGGGUUCGAUCCCAAUGGGUUUGGAUUUAACACCGACUACACAUUCGAUGGGCCUUAUCAAAGCGCACCCGUGGUCAAGGCUGCAGACGACCAAGAGAGCACAGGCGAUGGCAAGGACAGCAAGAAGAUCGCACAGAACAAAAUCUUGAUGCCAACAUCGGCAUCAGUGAGCUUCUCGGUCAAGGGAUGGUUGGCAAGCGGGUUGAAGGUGGAAAGCAUACAAUUGGACACGCGCAAGAGUAGGGGUCUAGGAGAGAGUGUCAAGCCGUACAAGGGAGUCAAGUACUUGACCAUAAGCAAGGGGGGUGUUGAGAUACGAUGUUAA